GCACUCGUUACAUUGCUUUGCUUGUUUGCGCUGGGACCUAUGCAGAAGACUCUGGUUUUAAAAACUUGCCCGCGGCAACCCAAAACAUGAAAGACUUUGCAAGUUUCUUAAGGGGCUACGGCUACCAGAUCCAUCCUUGUUACAAGGCCACCAAGGAAAAAAUGAAUCUGAUCAUGGAGUCGGUAUUGCAAGACUUGGAGGCAGGGGUGGAAACUGUUCUUCUCGUGUGCUUUUCUGGCCACGGCUUGAGCAAAAAUGGCAAGCAGUAUGUAGCUUGCGAGGAUUCAAUCCAGAGUGAAGAGGAAUCACUGGUCCACUUGGAAAAGUGGAUCGAAGAUUUGCAGAAGCUGACGUCCUCACGGGGACGAGGAAGGAGCACAAUUGCUGAACGAAUCGGUGCUGAGAUCGUAGCUGAUUGCAGGACAAUUCUCAUCCUGGAUUGUUGCCGCACAUUCUUGUUUGAAGAGCCGGUGCACCCAGCACGAGGAAAUUCAAGUGUGGCAGUUUGUGGAGCGUUUCAGGGCCAUGAUGCAGAAGAGCAACUGGCCAUCGUGUAUGGUUGCGAUGAGGGUCGUUGGGGCCUCGGACCUGCAGGCGAGCCAUCUUAUCUCAUGUCUGCGUUAAUGGAAGUUGGUAAAGAUGGAGAGGGAGUGGAACUUUCCGCACUGGUGCAGCGCUUGUCUGCUAGAGUCUCCACAUUGUCCAAAUCCUUCCAGCGAGUUGACAUACACUACAUGGGCUUUGAUGAAGUUGCUGGCUCAGUCGUGCCUUUUCCCACUUCCAAGGGCAUCAGCACGCUCGAGCAAGUUGAGCACAGUCACCGGCGAGCAAAAUGCUUUUUCAUUGUCACCCACCUUCUCAAUGAUACUGCGAUGAUCCUCUGGCUGUGCGGCCUCAUUCGAAAAGAGUGGAGCACUAGGGCUCUGUUAGUACCGCAUGUAAUAGCAACUCUAUGGGCCUUCUUCACUGCAAAUCCAGACUCAUCUCAUAGCUGCAACCAGUCUUGGUUUUGGAUCGAGAGAGUUCAGUACCGUGCUUACUUUCCAGCUUACUUCAUGUUGCGAGCACUGGGAGAGGCCUUGCGCGACAACGAUUUUGACAGAUCCCUGAAGACAGGCAUUUUGACAAUCAUGACCUUUGUCUCUACUUUUUGUCUCCACGGUCUGCUAGGGCUUUGGCGAGAAAGUGCACGCAAGGUGGAUGGACUCCACUGUUUUGGUGUGCAAGUGUGGAAUGCAACCGGGUGGAUGACGAUGCCAUGCCUCCUGAUUUGUUUCCUGCACCUUUCAGGAGGCGUGGAGUCCGUAACUGCCUCUCACCUGGAGAUGAUUCAUCAUAUGAUGAUGAUGAUGAUGGGUACUGUCGUAUCUGUUCACUUGACGAUUUGCUUUGAGCUUGCAAUGCAGCCCUUCAUCUGGGCGAGGGAACAUCUCUCACAGUUCUGCAGCUACGACAACUUCUACCUGCUUUCAUCUCUUUCGGCCUUUGUUGCUGCACUAGUAUAUGCGGACAGAUCUGGUGUGGUUCUUUCCUCGCUUGGCCAGACCUUGUGGAUGGCAAAAUAUUUUCUUUUCUUCUGCGAUCCUGCGAUUCUUUACUUGGCGGCAUCUGGCUCAGGAUGGUUUUCAGCAACUCGGACCAUGACGCGGGUGCCCGCAGAGUCGCAGAGGAUCCAGCUUGAAGCAGCCCUGAAGUUCUAGUGCUGUUGUGAGCAUAUUUGUUGAAAGGUUUGCUUUUGCAGCCAAGUCAUAAUGUACAGGAUAAUUUGUGAAACCGCCGCACCCUUCGUACUGAGAAGAAAG